AUGGCGGCCCUCCGGCGGCUGGUGAUGGUUCUUGGGCGCUGCGUCCCUGCCAGCCUUUCAGGGCCCACGCUGGCUGAGGCCCAGGGUGGUGUGCACGUCCUGGCCACCAACACUCGUGCCCGCACCAAAUUCUAUGAGGAUUCCAUGGAGGCCGUGAAAGAUAUCUCCAACAGGACUAGGAUCAUGGUUGGCAGCUUUGGGCUCUGCGGGAUUCCAGAGAAUCCGAAGGUGCUACUGGAGAUGCGCAUCAAGGACUUGACCAUGGUCAGCAGCAACGUGGCGGUGGACGACUUUGGGCUGGGCCUUUUACUGGAGACCAAGCAGAUCCCCCACAUCAUUGGCUCCCAUGUGGGGAACGUGCUGUGCGGGCACCACUACCUGUCGGGCGAGCAGCCAGAGCUGCCGCCCCAGGGCACCCUGGCCGAUCACAUCCGUGGGGGCACCGGGGUGCCUUCAUUCUACACGCCCACGGCCUAUGGGAUCCUGGCGCAGGAGGGAGGCGCGGCGGCUGACAGCCACGCGGUCAUCAUGAGCCAGUCCCGAGAAGUGAGGGAGUUUCGGGACCACUAUCUUCUGGAGCAGGUCAGCUCGGCCCGUUUUGCUUUGGUGAAAGGGUGGAAGGCCAACCGCGCAGGAAACGUCAUCUUCAGAAGAAGCACCAGGAAUUUCAAUGUGCCCAUGUGCAAAGCAGCAGAAACCUCAGUGGUGGGUGAAGACAUUGUGGAUGUGGGGACGUUUGCCCCCAAAGACGUCCACAUUCCUAACAUUGAUGUGGACUCUCUAAUCCAGAGGGAAAAAUAUGAGAAUAGAAUUGAGUGUCUAACCGUGCGGACAGAGGAAGGUGAGAAAGCCAAGUCUGUGGGUGACCUCAAGGCCCGGAUCAUCACACGGGCAGCUCUUGAAUUUGAGGAUGGCAUGUACACUGAUUUGGGCAUAGGAUCCCCUCUCCUGGCCAGCAACUACGUCAGCCCCGAUAUAACUGUUCAUCUUCACAGAAAUGGGAUCCUGGGCUUGGGUCUGUUUCCAUUAAAAGAGGAGGUGGAUGCGGAUCUCAUCAAUGCGGACGAGCAGAUGGUCACCGUUUUCCCCGGGAGCUGUUUUUUCUCCCGCCAUGACUCGUCUGCCAUAAUUCAAGGGGGACGCCCCCACCUCACCAUGAUGGGAGUCAUGCAGGUUUCCCAGUACGGUGACCUGGCUAACUGGAUGAUCCGAAAGAAGGUGAAAGGCAUGGGGGGAGCCAUGGAUUUGGUGUCCAGCGUCAAGACCAGAGUGGUGGUCACCAUGCAACACCGCACCAAGGACAAGGAUCCCAAAAUCGUGGAGAAAUGCACCAUGCCACUGACCGGGAAGCGCUGUGUGGACCGAAUCAUCCCUUAGAAGGCCGGGUUGGAUGACAUGCACAAGAGAGGCCUGACAUGGGUGGAGCUCUGGGACGGCCUGAUGGAGGACGACGUCAAAAAGAGCACGGGCAGCCCCUUCGUCGUGUCACCGACCCUCAGAUCCACGCAGCCCCUGGCAGCCUGA